AUGCCUUCACACCUCCACCCUCGGUCGCGCAUGACGACUUCGCUCUUCGGGACAACUCUCAUGGUCUCGUUCCUCGUCGUCGCAGCUCCACAUCUGAUACCCUGCCCCGUCGACCCUCGCACACUCGCCGAUUCCGCAGACCCCACAGGAGAGAACAGGCGGAGACGGAGACGGAGAAUCCCGGAAGAUGAGAGCUGCAAUGAAGUCAUGAGCGUGGAACGGAGGAGGCAGCGGCUGGCGGAAGAAAAGUUGGCAGCAAAGAGGGAGUGCCCGGUGCCCAAGCCCGGUGGUCUCAUUGGGCAGGUGCUGGGUGUGCAAGACGACGAGGGCAAGGAGGAGCAACAGUUCUCGAUUUUGCAAAGAGUCGAAAAGGUGGUUUGCAGACCAUGGGGAAAGAACAACAAUCAAUAA